AUGUCACAAUUGAUAAAACGCUGGUGCAAGGCAAUAAAUACGCAAGCUAUUCAAGAUAUAGAUAGCAUGUUACAACGAAUACGUAUUCCACAUAACAUGCGAGUGAUUUAUCUUGAUCCAAUUACAACCGUUGAUCAACAGAAGACAAAAUAUGCUCGUUUAUUUGUCUUCCAUGUGGACGUGCCAGUAUGUGUUGCUUAUCUACCUCCAUUACCCGCUUCUCACUUCGUCCUUUAUUCUCUGGCUAUGAAACUAUUACAUGCACCUGAUUCAACCGAAGAAUUCAAGUAG